GUCAGUCCAGUUUUUUUUUUAACUUCUAAUAGUGUACAGUUUAAUAUGAUUUGUGUAUUUUUAGUUCUAUUAAUAAUAUUUUACAUGAUCUGUGAUGUUAAUUACUUUGUGCGGACUUUCUUUACGGUUUUCACAAGCAGAAUGUUUCGGAAUAAAAAAUAUCCCACACUCAGUGACGUCACAACGGUGUACGGGAUGUGUACAUUACAAGACUGCGACAUUUGGUUUAAGAAUUUACGCCUAGCGAAACUUGUACGACAACUGGAUUUUGCACGUUACCAUUUUUACGUACAAACGGGUAUUUAUCAACGCAGUUGUAUGCUGGAUAUACAUUCGCUUCAGGGAUCUACAUUGACAGUUACAUUGUCGCCUAUACCAUUGUUCGCAAUUUAUAAAAUCAACACUAAGUUGGUAUAUUGGGAUGAUCGUUCCUUGUUUUUCGAACACGAAGUAGUGACUAUACGUGAUAAUGAAGUGCGUUCUCUUCUUGUAUCCCGUCAGUUCGCGAUAAGAAAAACAGAUGCUUCCGCUACCAAACUACUAUUGAAAGACUUGCCAGGAUCGCACAGCAAACCCAUCUGUCCAGAGUAUAUUAAGAGCUGGUUAAACAGCAUGGAAAUAAAUAGCGCUAAAUUAAGGAAUACCAUCUAAAGAUACAAUUAAGUGUAUAUUUAAAUUGUAAUUAAAUCAACGUGUGAUGUCAUGAUAUUUAUUGGAUUGAUUUGAAUGUUUUAUUUUGUGACUUUUGUGCGGAUCAUUAUUUAAAUUGCCACUCUUUAGUAUGAGUACGUUAUUUCUUAAGAGUAUCCUUUUUUUUCAGAGGGGAAUGCUUUAUGCA